AUGGUCGCUGGUGAAUCCGGAUUGGGCAAGACCACCUUCAUCAACACCCUCUUCUCCACCACCAUCAAGAACUACGCCGACCACAAGCGACGCCACCAGAAGCAGAUCGACAAGACCGUCGAGAUCGAGAUCACAAAGGCCGAGCUGGAGGAGAAGUUCUUCAAGGUCCGUUUGACCGUCAUUGACACACCCGGAUUCGGCGACUACGUCAACAACCGAGACUCAUGGAUGCCCAUCAUCGAGUUCCUCGACGACCAGCACGAGUCGUACAUGCUCCAGGAGCAGCAGCCCCGUCGGCUGGACAAGAUCGACCUCCGUGUCCACGCUUGCUUGUACUUCAUCAGACCCACUGGCCACACCCUUAAGCCUCUGGACAUUGAGGUCAUGAAGAGGCUCUGCUCCAGAGUCAACCUCAUCCCCGUCAUCGCCAAGGCCGACACUCUUAGCCCGGCUGAUCUGGCCAAGUUCAAGGCCAAGAUCCGAGCUGUCAUUGAGGCCCAGAACAUCAAGAUCUACCAGCCACCUGUUGAGGAGGACGAUGAGGCCGCCGCCCAGCACGCCAGGAGCCUGAUGACCGCCAUGCCGUUUGCUGUCAUCGGCUCGGAGAGAGACGUCAAGACCAGCGACGGCCGUAUCGUCAAGGGUCGUCAAUACUCGUGGGGUGUGGCCGAGGUCGAGAACGAGGACCACUGCGACUUCAAGAAGCUCCGCUCCAUCCUGAUCCGUACCCACAUGCUGGACCUUAUCCACACCACGGAGGAGCUGCACUACGAGGCGUACCGCGCCCAGCAGAUGGAGACCCGCAAGUUCGGCGAGGCCCGUCCCCGCAAGCUCGACAACCCCAAGUACAAGGAGGAGGAAGAGGCCCUGCGCAAGCGCUUCACCGAGCAGGUCAAGGUCGAGGAGCAGCGUUUCCGCCAAUGGGAGCAGAAGCUCAUUGCCGAGAGAGACCGUCUCAACAAGGAUCUCGAACAGACCCACGCCCAGAUCAAGCAGCUCGAGGGCGAGCUCGAGCAAAUGCAGGGCAGCGUUGCCCGCAGCGGCCGUCGUUAA